CUACCUAAAAGGGUAGUGAAGACAGGGUACUCUGAGGCAUUGAACGUUUAUAUUAAAAAAAACAGGCGACAUCUAGGGAGCAGGAUUAAUAUAGUUCCGAUUGUGGAUACAAUAGGCUGAAGGGCCUAUUUCCAAGCGAGUAAUGCACAGCGUCUGAUUUAAACGGCAGUUGAAGUGGCGCGGGAACGCGAACCGACCAUUUCUCGUGUGACGCCAAGAAGCGGCUCACGUUCACGUCUGGACGGGGCCGAGGAGGGCCGGAGGAGGGGCGCUCGAGUCAGGAAGUUCGGGCGAGAAAGCGAAAGGCGCCGCUGAGGGAACCACCGCCGGGGCCGAGAUGCGGCUGUACGGGCUUCUGCUGAAAAACCCCAUCCCCAAGCAGAUCGAGUAUUACUCGCGCUUCUCCCCGUCGCCUCUGUCGAUAAAACAGUUCCUGGAUUUCGGUCGUAAUAAUGCAUGUGAAAAGACAUCAUUUAUGUUUUUGCGGAAAGAACUACCAGUUCGAUUGGCUAAUACAAUGAGGGAAGUGAAUUUGCUGCCUGAUAAUCUGCUGAGCAGACCUUCUGUGCAGCUUGUCCAGUCCUGGUACAUGCAAAGCUUUUUAGAACUACUUGAGUUUCAGAGCAAAGGAACUGAAGAUCCACAAGUGUUAGAUGAUUUUCUAGAAUCUCUGAUUAAAAUCCGAAAUCGACAUAAUGAUGUUGUACCAACCAUGGCUCAGGGGGUUAUUGAAUAUAAGGAGAAGUUCGGCUUUGACCCAUUUAUAAGUUGUAAUGUUCAAUACUUUCUGGAUCGUUUCUACACCAGCCGUAUCUCAUUUAGGAUGCUUAUCAACCAGCACACUCUCCUUUUUGGUGGUAAUACAAAUCCGGCACAUCCUAAGCAUAUUGGAAGUAUUGAUCCGAGCUGCAACGUUGCAGAUGUUGUUAGAGAUGCAUACGAGACUGCAAAGAUGCUUUGUGAACAAUAUUACACAGGGUCCCCAGAUGUGGAGGUUAAUGAAUUUAAUGCUAAAACACCUGAAAAGCCUAUCCAAGUGGUGUAUGUACCCUCACAUCUCUUCCACAUGCUGUUUGAAUUGUUUAAAAACUCUAUGAGAGCUACUGUUGAACUUCAUGAAGGGAAAAUGGAAGGUUACCCCCCUAUAAAAACUCUGGUUACGCUGGGAAAGGAGGAUUUAUCUAUUAAGAUAUCUGAUAAAGGAGGUGGUGUUCCUCUGCGGAAGAUUGAGCGUUUGUUUAAUUAUAUGUAUUCUACAGCACCCAGUCCCAGCUUGGAGCCAUCACGGGCAGCUCCACUGGCGGGUUUUGGAUAUGGCUUGCCAAUCUCCCGUCUGUAUGCUAGGUACUUUCAAGGAGAUCUCAAACUGUAUUCCAUGGAAGGUCUGGGCACAGAUGCAGUCAUCUAUCUAAAGGCUUUGUCAAGUGAAUCUUUUGAACGACUUCCUGUUUUCAAUAAAUCAGCCUGGCGACAUUACCAAACCACUCCAGAAGCAGAUGAUUGGAGCAAUCCUAGCAGUGAACCUAGAGAUGCUUCGAAAUAUAAGGCCAACCGUAGGCGAUUGUAAUAGCAAAUGGUCAUCUCUGAGUAUUCACCUGGAACAGCUUUGCCAAAGAGUGUUAAGAUGGCAAAAUCGAGAGCAAGCCAAAACUUAAUUUGGGAAAGACCUGUCCUAAGCCUUCAGAUUUGUAAAAAGAAUGAUUUAUAAUUUUUUCCUUUUAUUCUUUAAGUAACCGGACUGGCAAUUCAGGAGACUGAAAUGAUGUUCAGAAGAUGUGAGCUGAAAUCCUACCAUGGCAUAGAGAAUUUAAAUUCAAUGAUUAAAUACAUCUGAAAUGAAAAGGUCUAGUAUUAAGAGUAAUAAUUAUGAAAUUAUUUGGUUAUUCUAUGAACAAAUCUGGUUCAGAAAGAUCACAAGAUAUUUAUUCCCAUGGCAAAUAAUAGAAGAAAGGGGAAAUAACAACGAGACGUGGAGCCUAUGCUUAUUUAUUCAGCCUUUGCUAAUAUAGAACAUAAACAGUACAACAGCCCACGAUGCUAUGCAGACUUGUUAAUCUUCUGCCAAGAUCAAUCUGACCUUUCUCUCUUGCGUGACCCUCAAUUGUAAUUUGUACGAUAAAUGAUUGAUCCACAAGAAAAUUCUAGGUUAUUAGCUGGGUAUCAGUUGCAUCAUAACUUAGCUGGUCAGUAAAAUUAACAAAAGCUAUAGUAAAUGAAAACUGAAUGACAAGAAAUGCUGUACUAGUUCUGAGAUGGAAUAAUAUCAAUCCUGUAAGUACAUGUUAAAAGGUUGUGCAUUUAUAAAUUCAGUGAAUUUUGGGGUUUCAAAGAAAUAUGGACGGGAUAAUAAAAUAACCUUAAGCAUUGAUGGCCUUGAUACCUUUAAAAUGAAAACUGAAAUGGUUUUCCUUGGUUAGCAUUAAAGUUGUAAUCAGUAGUUAUUUCACAAUCUAGUGCUUAAAUAUCUUGGUGAACAAUUUAUGAUGUACUGGCCCUUUCCCUGCCACCUUUUUUUCUGUAUCAUGCCACUCAGCUUGAAGCUGUCGUAUGAUUUAAUUGUUUCACAAAAGUUAAUUGAUUUUUAACGAAAAGGAUCUAGUCCAGUAAGACGAGGAUUAUAUGGUUUGUUUAGUGCAAAAUCUCAAUGUCAAAGAUUUUGGGAUUAAGUGUAUGAAUUGAAGCCAUUUUAUUUAUGUUUCUGCUCCUGAUUGACAAGUUGUGAUGUAGUAUCACUGCAAGAUUUAUGAGCACUCUUGAUACUUAUCAAAAAUGUAGUCUUCAUACUUGCAUGAAGCCCGUCUUGGUUUGAAGCUCCACACAUAUAGCAGCAUAAUAGUAAUAUGGCUGUUAGUUACAUCAUCCACAAAUUACCUGGAGGGAUCUGGGAAGAAGGAACUAGUGAGUUAAGGCAAUUCCAUCAAAAUAGUUUUUCUUCAAGUUAUUUCACAAGGUAUCUGUAAUAUGCAACUGCCAUUUAAGGUGGGAAUACUGUGAUGUAAAAAAUCCUUCCAAAUGAAAAUUUUUUUUUUGUAGAUUCUUCAUUCCAUGAUCAUGCAUAUAUUUUUUCGAAAUGAGGCGAUGUGUCAUACUUCAAGACUUGGGUGGUUGUUGUUCAGAAGUAAGGAAAUGUAAAUGUUCCAACUAUUGUAUUCCUAUUUAUUAUGUAACUGUUUCUGACCUUGAAGAGAUAAUGUUGAAAGACUUUUUAAAUUUGUUUUACAAAAUAAGAGCUUGUGAAUAUGUCAUCACAAAGCAUUAAAAUUGAUUAAAAUUGCAGCACGAGUACACAAUAUAAGUGGAGCACAUUAAAUUGAAAUGACAGGUGCUUUCCUUGGUGCAUCUGUAUUUCAAUCAACAGUUUUAUGAUCUAAAUUCAGGAAGGACUGCUGCUGUUAAACAGUACUAUAUUUUGCUGAACAAAUAUUUUCUAUGUACUUUUAUUUAGUACAUUCAUAGAAAUUGCUUUCUUUGACUUGCACAGAGAUCUGAUUUGGGGAAAGAUGUUUAUUCAAGUUCAGUCAUAUUUGCACAUGCAAAAGUCGGCUUAAUAGAUAAUCUUGUAAAGUUGAGUUUGCCAGCUAAAUUUCAAAUUCACCUGUAAUGUUGUCAUCAAAACAUUUGUUUUUUUGUUGAAGAUGAAUGUCUUGAGACCCUAGUUCUGGUUAAGGUACUCCAUGAAAAAAAUGAAGGAUUACUCUCAUCUAAUAACUGAAAUCUGUGUGACAAUUGGAGCAAACCCAUUCCCAAGUAUUUCAAUUUGUGAUAAAUAAUAUUUAUACUUGAAUUUCAUUGAAAUAACAUUCAGAACUCAUUAUUAUUUUUGAUUGGUUAGGGCUUGAAGGGCUACUGGGAGAAGGCAGGAGAGGCAAAUUGGAUCGGCCAUGAUGAAAUGGCAGAGCAGACUUGAUAGGCCAAAUGGCCUCAUUCUGCUCCUAUAUCUUAAGGUCUUAUUGUAAUAAUUUGAUACGGCUGUUGAAGUGUCUUAAGUAUCUCAAUACAACACAUUUUCAUUAUAAAUGGAUGAUAUCUGAUCUCCAGUGAUCCUAUGGUAACCUUUGUUAAUGUGGGAGUGUGUGUGUGUGUGUUGCUAUGGUUAGCUCAAUUCUUUUACUUAAACUCCUUGUACGCCUGAUCAGUGCAUUUUAUUUUUUCAGAAAUCCUCCUGACUGAUUAAGUAUUAAGAAAUAUGUAGCUGAUAAUUGCUGCAUGUAAUUUUAUACUAAAUUAUUGUGUGAUCCAAUAAUAUUUAAAUAGUAAAUUCCUGAAUUUAUUUGUGCAAGAUUUUUCUUUCAUCAUUGUUCCUAACCUGCUCUAUAAGACACAAAUUUAUUUGGUUUUGCUAAAUUAGUUUGUCAGAAUUUGAAAAGUAAGUAGUAGAGCAAUAAAAAAUAUUUUACAGUCUUUGCAUAUCUGGGACAAUAAAGCAGUUGUUUAAAUUUUGAGGCAUCAGGAGUAAAAUUGGUGUUUAUUUUUCUAAUGGAAAUCUACAAUCUUGACACUUAUGACAAAGUAUUCUGUACUUUUGAAUCUGGGUAUAAUGACUAAUUGAACGUUUGUUUGACCCCAUGUUAUUUUGUAUAUUGAAGUGAAGAUGCUAAAGUUUUUUUUGUUGAAUUGGAAAAAUAUUUAUGUGAAGUCUUAAUCUGGGAUAUUAAAUGUCUUACAUAUAUUUGAUACA